AGGGCAAUGUCUCCUCUUUGUGUUUAGCUGUUGAACAAUGGCUGGAAGUUGGUGUUUGGUUCAGAUUUCGUUGGUCUGUGCUUUCUGUCAUGCUGUUCCACAGUGGAGUAAGUCGCUUCAGGAUGCUCAAGCUCUGAUGAUGCAGCAGACUGACCAGCAGUUUCAGCUCCAGAAGCCAGUUCAACAGCUAACUAACCAACAGUUUCCGCUUCGGAAGCCAGUUCAACAGCUAACUAAGCCACAGUUUCCACUUCAGAAACCAGUUCAACACCUACCUAACCCACAAUUUCCACUUCAGAAGCCUGUUCAACAGUUAACUAAGCCGCAGUAUCCGCUUCAGAAGCCUGUUCAACCGCUAACUAACCAGCAGUUUCCGCUUCGGAAGCCAGUUCAACAGCUAACUAAGCCGCAGUUUCCGCUUCAGAAGCCUGUUCAACAGCUAACUAACCAGCAGUUUCCACUUCAGAAACCAGUUCAACACCUACCUAACCCGCAAUUUCCACUUCAGAAGCCUGUUCAACAGUUAACUAAGCCGCAGUUUCCGAUUCAGAAGCCAGUUAAACAGCAGUUUCAGAAGCCAUCGCUUCAGGAUGCUCAAGCUCUGAUGAUGCAGCAGACUGACCAGCAGUUUCAGCUCCAGAAGCCAGUUCAACAGCUAACUAACCAACAGUUUCCGCUUCGGAAGCCAGUUCAACAGCUAACUAAGCCGCAGUUUCCACUUCAGAAACCAGUUCAACACCUACCUAACCCGCAAUUUCCACUUCAGAAGCCUGUUCAACAGUUAACUAAGCCGCAGUAUCCGCUUCAGAAGCCUGUUCAACCGCUAACUAACCAGCAGUUUCCGCUUCGGAAGCCAGUUCAACAGCUAACUAAGCCGCAGUUUCCGCUUCAGAAGCCUGUUCAACAGCUAACUAACCAGCAGUUUCCACUUCAGAAACCAGUUCAACACCUACCUAACCCGCAAUUUCCACUUCAGAAGCCUGUUCAACAGUUAACUAAGCCGCAGUUUCCGAUUCAGAAGCCAGUUAAACAGCAGUUUCAGAAGCCAGUAGUGCAGGCAGAGCCCUUUGAUAAAUGUGUAGCUGUAGCUGAUUCUGAGCAGAUCCAAUGUGGUCUACCUGGGAUCAGUGGUGCUGAGUGUGAAGCUAUCAACUGCUGCUUUAACGGACAGCAGUGUUUCUAUGGAAGGGCGGGUAAGUGUUCUCAAUCUUAUUCCGUUCGUGUCAAACUGAUUCUCUGAAUUUAACCUGCUCUUGUACCUUGUUCUAGUGACCGUCCAGUGUAUUAGAGAUGGUCAGUUUGUGGUAGUGGUGUCUAGAGAUGUUACUCUGCCUCGACUGAGUCUGGAUACGGUUCAUCUACUGGGUGGAAAUGACCCACCUUGUGCUCCUGUGGGGUCUACACCUUCCUUUGCUAUAUACCAGUUCCCUGUGACCGCAUGUGGCACGAGCGUGAUGGUGAGCAGCUGCUA